CCUACCCUCCCGCAGCCAAUGGAGCAUGCUUGUGGGCGUGUCUUCGUACGGCACAUCUGGUCACGCCCCUGUCUCCCCGCGGCCAAUGGGCUCGCUCGUCGCGCGCAUGCGCAGUGGGCGGGGCCUCCCCGUCUCUUCCCCCGCCCCACGUGGUUGCUGUCGCCGCCGUUGCAGCCAUGACACCCCCUCCGCCGCUCCUCUUUGUGCCGCCGCCACCGGACGACGCCUCCUCUCUCCGUGUCCUCAUCGCCGCCCGCUUUGCCCUACAGCCGCCCCACAUUGUGCACUUGGGGGGCGAUGUGGGGCCGCCGGGGGGGCUGCGGCCGGGAGCGCCACUGCCGGCGCUGCUGACGCCGGGGGGGGCUUUGCUGGAGGGUCCGGGACCUGCUGCCCUCUUCCUCAGCCCCCCCGAGAUGUUGGGGGGUGAGGGGGGGACCCCAAAUGCUGCCCUCGUCCGGCAGUGGGUCGCCUUCGCUGAGAGCGAGAUCGCCCCUGCCGUCGCCAUCCUCGAGGGGGGGCCUCAGCAGGCGCGGCGGCGGGCGCAUAUGGAGCUGCAGCGGGCGCUGCAGGCAUUGGAGUCGCAGCUGCAGGGGCGGCGCUUCCUGGUGGGGGGGGGCGUCAGCCUUGCCGACAUCAGCGUCACCUGCGCCCUCCUGCCCCCCCUGCGGCACAUCCUGGACGCCGCUGCUCGCGCCCCCUACCCCAACGUUACUCGCUGGUUCCUUGAAUGUGUGGGGCUGCCGCACUUCCACGCCGUGCUAGGCACUGUGGGGCUCUGCGGGGAUGAGGGGCCUGCCCCACACUUGGAGCUGAAGCCUGUGGGGCAGGACACCGUGGGGCAGGACGAUGCCCAGCAGAACGCCGUGGGGCAGGGCACUAUGGGGCAGGCUGCCCCCCAAGUGAAGAGCGCAGCACAGUUGAGAAAGGAGGCAAAAAAACGGGAGAAGCUGGAGAAAUUCCAGCAGAAACUGGAGAAAAACCGGGAGCAGCAGGCAAAAGCAAAGCCAAAGGCCCCGCGGGAGCCUCGGGGACAGUCGGGGGACGCGUACAGCCUGGAGACCCCCCCGGGGGAGAAGAAGGAGCUGGGCCAGGCGCUGCCCCUCUCCUACAGUCCGGGUUACGUUGAGGCUGUCUGGUAUUCAUGGUGGGAACACAGCGGCUUCUUCAAACCCGAGUACGGGCGCCCGUCGCUGUCGACCCCCAACCCACGGGGGGUGUUUGCGCUGGUGCUGCCGCCCCCCAACGUCACCGGGACUCUCCACCUCGGCCAUGCGCUGACCGUGGCCAUCCAGGACACCCUUGUGCGCUGGCACCGUAUGCGUGGAGCGACAACACUGUGGACGCCGGGCUGCGACCACGCUGGCAUCGCCACUCAGGUCGUGGUGGAGCGGCGGCUGUGGCGUGAGCGUGGGCUGCGGCGGCACCAGCUCGGCCGCGAGGGCUUCCUGCGCGAGGUCUGGCGCUGGAAAGAGGAGAAGGGCGACCGCAUUUACCAGCAGCUGCGCCGCCUCGGGGCGUCCAUGGACUGGGACCGAGCCUGCUUCACCAUGGACCCCAAAAUGUGCCGAGCAGUGCGGGAGGCGUUUGUGCGGCUGCACGAGAUGGGGCUGAUCUACAGGAGCACUCGCCUGGUGCACUGGUCCUGCACCCUCCAGUCCGCCAUCUCUGACAUCGAGGUGGAGAAGCGGGAGUUGGGGGGCCGGACGCUGCUGCGGGUCCCGGGUUACGAGGAGCCCGUGGAGUUCGGGGUGAUCGUGGCCUUCGCUUACCCACUGGAGGGGGGCGGGGAGGGUGAGGAGUUGGUGGUGGCAACAACGCGGCCGGAGACGAUGCUGGGGGACGCGGCCGUGGCCGUGCACCCCGACGACCCCCGCUACCAGCACCUGCGUGGGCGCUGCGUACGACACCCGUUCACGGGUCAGAUCCUGCCCAUCCUACACGACGCCUUCGUCGACCCCGAGUUUGGCACCGGUGCGGUGAAGGUGACGCCAGCGCACGACGCCACAGACUUCGAGGUGGGACAGCGGCACGGGCUGCCCUGUGUGAGCAUCAUCAGCGACGACGGGCGACUCUGCGGCGUGCCCCCCCCCUUCCUGGGGCUGCCGCGGUUCACGGCGCGCGCAGCUGUCCUGGAGGCACUGAAGGCGCGGGGGCUGCUGCGGGGGGAGCGUGAGAACCCCAUGGUGGUGCCCAUCUGCAGCCGCUCCAAGGAUGUGCUGGAGCCGCUGCUGAAGCCGCAGUGGUUCCUGCGCUGCCAGAGUCUGGCGGUGGCUGCGGCUGACGCUGUGCGGAGCGGGGAGCUGCGGCUGCGCCCCCCCAGCUACACCAGGGCCUGGUUCCACUGGAUGGAGAACAGCAGGGACUGGUGCAUCUCGCGGCAGCUCUGGUGGGGGCAUCGCAUUCCCGCCUACUUCAUCACCAUCGACGACCCCAACGUCCCCCCCGGCGAGGACGGGGACGGGCGCUACUGGACGAGCGGCCGCAGUGAGGACGAGGCACGAGAGAAAGCGGCAAAAGCCUUUGGGGUCAGCCCCGAGCGCGUGGGGCUACGGCAAGAUGAGGACGUGUUGGACACCUGGUUCUCCUCCGGGCUCUUUCCCUUCUCCGUUUUUGGCUGGCCCGACACUACGCAGGACCUGACCCUCUUCUACCCGGGGUCGCUGCUGGAGACCGGCCACGACAUUCUGGGCUUCUGGGUGGCACGAAUGGUGAUGCUGGGGCUGGCGCUGACCGGGCGGCUGCCCUUCCGUGAGGUCUAUCUCCACGCCAUCGUUCGCGACGCCCACGGACGCAAGAUGAGCAAAUCCCUGGGCAACGUCAUCGACCCCCUGGACGUCAUCAGCGGCAUCUCCUUGGAGGGGCUGCACGAGCAGCUGGAGAAAAGCAACCUGGACCCCGCGGAGCUGGAGAGAGCGCGGGAGGGGCAGAAACGCGAUUUCCCCAAUGGGAUCCCCGAGUGCGGCACCGAUGCUCUGCGCUUUGCCCUCUGCGCAUACACCGGGCAGGGCCGGGACAUCAAUCUGGAUGUGGGGCGUGUGCUCGGCUAUCGCCAUUUCUGCAACAAGAUCUGGAACAGCGCUCGCUUUGUUUUGCGCGCCCUGGGACCCCAGUUCCGGCCGCCCCCCACCCCACAGCCCCGGGGCCGCCCUGGCCUGGCCGAGCGAUGGGUCCGGAGCCGUUUGGCCGCGGCUGCCGGCGCCUGCGGAGCCGCCCUCGAGGCCUUCGACUUCCCCGGAGCCACCACGGCCGCCCACAGCUUCUGGGUGUACGAGCUGUGCGAUGUCUUCCUGGAGUUGGUGAAGCCGGUGUUGGCGCGCGCCGAAGCCGCCGAGCCGGACGCCGGGGGGGCCCCCGGGGAUGACCCCGAAGGAGACGAGGAUGACGUCGGGGACGUGGUGGCGGCGCGGGACGCGCUCUACACCUGCCUGGACGCGGGGCUGCGGCUGCUGGCGCCCUUCAUGCCCUUCGUCACCGAGGAGCUGUGGCAGCGGCUGCCCCCCCGCAACCCCCCCGUGCCCCCCAGCAUCAGCCUUUGCCCCUACCCCGACACCACAGAGUUCUGCCAGCGGGACGAGGAGGCCGAGGCCACUAUGGAGUUCGUGCUCAGCAUUGUGCGGGCGCUGCGGGGGCUUCGCGCCGACCACGGGCUGACACGCCAGCGACCCCCCUGUUUCCUGCAGUGCCCGGACCCCUUGUGGGGGGGUCGUGCGAGCCGGGGUCGCCCCCACAUCCGCACCCUGGGAGGGGUGGGGGCUGUGCGGCUACUGGGGGGGAGCGAGACACCCCCCCCAGGCUGCGCCGUCGCCGUCACCUCCGACCGCUGCACCGUCCACCUCCUGCUCAAGGGCGUGGUGGACGCGGGGAAGGAGCUGUCGCGGCUGGGGGGGCGCCGGGGGGAGCUGGAACGGGGGCUGCAGCGGCUGCGGGAGCGACGGGGGGGGGCCGGUUACUGCGAGAAGGUGCCCCUCCCUGUGCAGGAGGCUGAGGCCGCCAAGUUGUCACAGUUGGAGGCAGAGCUGCUGAAAGUUCUGGAAGCCGAGGAGAUGAUGAGGAGGAUGCUGUGA